AGUGUUUCAAUGCGUCUUGUGUUUGACGGUACUUCGUCUUCUCUUCGUUGUUUUGUUAUCUACAAAAGUCUGGUAGUAUGUUUUUUCUGAAGAAACAGCCUAAGUGGCCUUUCAAAUGAGACGACAAUAUGGUUGAAAUCGAUAACGCUGAUCAUACCAAAUUUGAGGUGGUUUCAGACCCUUCUGCUGUAAACAUCCACGGAACAAUCACAGGACCCCAUUCGGAUCUAGAAAUGCGAAACAAAGUAGUAUGCUGCCUCCGUGAGCUGCUGCAUGUAGUUCAGUCAUCUUAUCAUGAAGAUGUCGUCGAACUAAACUUUAUACAAAGUGGUUCUCUUCUUAUUGAAUUUUAUGAAUGGAGGCGAAAAAAAACACAAGAAUUAAUGCAAGCACUUUGCUCAGGUCAUCUUGACCCAGAGGACCUUUCCUUGGUCAGUGAUUACAUGUCGGGUCAUGUCAAUAGCGAUGCUAUUUUCCCACCGAAUGGAGCUUUUCCUCCUUGUUUGGGUUCCCAACCAGUCUCUUUGGAUAAUGACUCAGAGGAUGACGAAGACGAACGUCGGCUGGACGAGAAUUCCCUACUGAAAUAUGCAGUAGAUGAAGUAAGCAUUCUUAAACGUGUCCUUGAACUCAAACGGGAUGGCUUAUGGUCAAUCGACGAUUCAUCUUGUGGAACGACAGAAACUGGAAGUAUCGAUAUCUCAACCAGUAUUUCUUUAGUUCCACCUUCUGAGCCAACAUGUCGUACUUACAGUGAUUAUAUGUUUGCAGAAAUUAAUUGGUUAGCUGAAGAUUUUAAGCGUGAACGUCAAUGGAAACGAGUGUCCGCUAAGAAACUUGCCCUAACCGCCGUCAAAUGUUGUCGAGACAAGAGUGAACGAGCGUUAAAAAUAGAAAAGGAGGAGGUGGUCCGCAUUCGGAAGAUGUGUUCAUUUAUUGCUAGGAUGGUCCGUGAUUGGUGGCGUCAGAUGGAUAAGAUUGUUCAAGCCAAACAACAAGUACGAUUAACUGCUAAACGUCAGCAAGCCAUUAGUUCACAUCUUGGUCAAGUACUUGAAACAACUGAGGAGUAUACUCGUUGGUUGACUGAAGGAAUAACCAGUUCUAAACAAAAAAAAACUACUGUUAGUAGUACUAAAUCAUCUGGAGACAAUAGUCAAAACGAAAAUGUAUCAGAUAGUGAACAGCGCAUUCUGAAAUCUCCUGUAAGGGAACUCGACACCUCCGAUGAAGAGUUCACCGCAGAUGAAGUAGCUUUGAAUGAAGUUGAUGAUGAAGAAACCAUAGAGCAGGAAGAAAGAAUCGCCAUAGAGGAUCAACAUGGUUCUGAGACGUCUACAGCUGUGGAGCUUGAACAAUUAGCAGCUGAUGCCGACUGCCCAUUGGAAGAUCUUUUGCCUCCCGGAUAUCUCGAAUUCAUCACAUCAAAUUCUCCAGUGAUUUCAGAAGUACAACAUUCGUCAGCCAGUGAGGUUAAGGAUUCUGGCGAACCAUACAAUAAGAAAAGGAUAGAAGCUGAUGCAGUUUGUCAGGUCAUCACAUGCUCUUCUGAAAUCCCUAACGAAUGUUAUUAUCAAGAGAAAAGUGAAGAAACCAAGUCUGGAGCUAAUGUUUCUGUUUUUGAAAAGAAAGAGUUAGAUGUGCCUAAAUUGGAAGUAAGUCUAUCAGUGAAAGAAACAAUGAUCAAUUUCGCUAAUAAGAACGAAUCCAACCUUGAAAUCGCCUCAAACACGUUUGAUUUAAAAUCAAACUCACAGUCUCUACCAACUAAAGAGAUUGAAGAUACUGAUAAUGAAGUGGAACUAGCGAACUCAAAUGUAAACGAGUGUCCAUCAGUAGAAAGGGGUUCUGAAAUAACAUUAAAAAAGGUUAUGGAUCAUGACGUGAAUGCUAGUGUAAUGGAAGCUGAAAGUAAUACUAAUAUGGUUCUCACUAACAAUAAAGGCGAAGAAACACAAAAGUCAUCCUGUCAAACAUCUGCAUGCGAACCAAUUAUUAAGUCUACAACGAAUGAAGGAAAGAACACUUCCUCAGGAGUUGGUUUAACUACAGUAUCUUCUCCCUUUCUCCUUUCCGGUGGAAAUCUUAGGGAAUAUCAGUUAGUUGGCUUGUCUUGGCUGGUCGCCACUUAUGACAAGCGUUUAAAUGGAAUCCUCGCUGACGAAAUGGGUCUAGGUAAAACUAUCCAAACGAUUUCACUACUCGCCUAUCUAGCUUGUGAGCGAGGAGUUUGGGGGCCUCAUUUGAUUGUUGUUCCAACUAGUGUUAUUCUUAAUUGGGAGGUGGAAUUCAAACGUUGGUGUCCGUCUUUCAAGAUCCUGACUUAUUUUGGUAACAUGAAAGAAAGAAAAUGUAAAAGGAAGGGUUGGACGAAAACAAAUGCUUUUCAUGUAUGUAUAACAUCAUACAGAUUAGCUAUUCAAGAUGCAAUCGCUUUUAAACGUAAAAAGUGGAAAUAUCUCAUUUUAGACGAGGCUCAAAACAUAAAAAAUUUCAAAUCUCAACGUUGGCAAACUCUGCUUACUUUCAAUAGUCAGCGGCGUUUACUCCUUACUGGUACACCAUUACAAAAUUCAUUAAUGGAACUUUGGUCCUUGAUGCAUUUCUUAAUGCCAAAUAUAUUUCAAUCCCAUCGGGAUUUUCAAGAAUGGUUUGCUUCACCCAUUACAGGGAUGAUUGAAGGGAAUACUGACCAUAAUGAAUUACUAGUUCAGAGGCUACAUAAAGUCCUUCGUCCUUUUUUGUUACGGCGUCUCAAAGCGGAUGUUGAGCGUCAACUUCCAAAGAAGUACGAACAUGUUAUCAUGUGUAGAUUAUCAAGAAGACAACGGUUUUUAUAUGAUGAUUUUAUGUCACUUGGAAGCACUCAGGAAACUUUAAAAUCUGGCCAGUUCCUAUCAGUUAUGAACAUACUUAUGCAGCUACGAAAGGUUUGCAAUCAUCCAAAUCUGUUUGAAACUAGGCCAAUCAUUUCUCCGUUUCGGGUAGCCGAUUCAUAUUUAACAUAUUCUCUUCCAAGAUUACUGGUAUCUAUGAGUCACCCCUUCUUAGUAUUUGCCCCGAGCUCGAAUGGUAGUCGAAGUGUUUUUGGAUCAGCUUCAGCAUUUUCUGAUCCUGAUUUAGAUUGGUUGGAUACCGCGGGAUUGGUUGCUCGUCUCUUGGGACAAACGAUGAAUUUAGUCGAAAUGGCUCGGGAUUUACCAGGCUUUGUCGCAAGACGAUGUCAUCAAUUGUGUGCGCGAGAAAACUUGAUUACCAUUAUUGACUCUAGUGACGUAAUCGAUGAUGUCACUUCUCAGAGAAUACAGUUUAACGAAUUGAAGAAAUCCCGAAAAUCUCAAGGAGAAUAUCUGAACAUAUCCCCUUUAUUUGAUUCAAAGUGUUUUGUGUAUUCUGAUGGAUACUAUCCUGCGCUUUCGUCCCCCACCAAUCUCGAACCCACUAUAGUUAAAGUUGACUUCCCGAAAAAUACCUGGGACAUUGGUAUGCCAAAGUCCUGCUUGCGUCGUCGUUUUGUUGAACGAUGUAACAGAUUGUUGUUGAUGAGUAGAAUUAAUGAACGCCGUUGUGAUUUAACGUUCAAAUCACAUUCAAGUGAUAUUGGGACGUAUUGGGACCAUGGAACCCACAUUGGACCAGAUUUGAUUUUUCUCAUUAAUCGUUUGAUGCUUGAAAAACCUGUCGAAAAUCUACAGGAUGUUCACAUUUAUCCUGGUCUCAUUAAUGGCGCAGUUUACUGCCAACAAAGCCUGCAUACCUGGCCAGUAAAGUGCUCUCCUCUAAGCAGUAUUAUAAGUUCUACGGUUGACCAAAUAUCUUGUUUUGAAGGUAAUAUACAUCAAAUGAGUUCACUCAGUAUGGAAUCCACUAGCUCUAGACGUACGUCCUGGCUUCGAUCAUCUCGUUCUCUUCGAGAGAUGUUACACAGCCCUGGUGACUACUUAAAUGACUUACGCGAAAUUCUCAAAAGGUUCGUUUUUGUAGUGCCUGCUGUUAUAUCAUCGGGUUUUACACUUCAAGUUUCCAACCAUGCUCUGGAGCAUCAACUUAUCAAUCAAGAAAUUCGGAUUCGAGAUAUGCUUCUAUCCUCAGGGUGUUUACAUCCUUCGUUUUUUCCUAUGAACUCAUCUGAAUAUCAUGAGCGAAAAACGUUGAACCGUUUAACAACUUGGAGUCCUCAGAUGUGGUUGAUGCCAUCAAAGUUACAUCAGUUGGUUAUGUCCUGUCGUAUUCAAUUCCCCGAUCCACGUCUGAUACAAUACGACUGUGGAAAACUACAACGACUACAUAGUUUGCUACGUGAACUUAAGUCAGGGAAUCAUCGCGUUCUUAUUUUCACUCAAAUGGCCCGAAUGUUAGAUAUUCUAGAGCAAUUUCUGGCAUACCAUGGACAUCGUUAUUUACGUCUGGAUGGAACUACGAAAGUGGAACAGCGUCAAGUUUUAAUGGAGCGUUUCAAUCAGGAUAGUCAAAUUUUCGUUUUUAUACUAUCUACUCGUUCUGGUGGUUUAGGAAUCAACCUUACUGGAGCUGACACAGUUAUAUUUUAUGAUUCCGAUUGGAAUCCCACUAUGGAUGCUCAAGCGCAAGAUAGGUGCCAUCGAAUCGGACAAACUCGUGAUGUUCAUAUUUAUCGCUUGAUAAGUGAAAGAACAGUGGAAGAAAAUAUAUUACGUAAAGCUAAUCAAAAACGCUUCCUUAGUGACGUGGCUAUUGAAGGGGGCAAAUUCACCACAGCUUUUUUCAAACAAAAUACCAUAACAGAAUUAUUUGCAGAGCCAUCUGGACUUCAGGAUUUGGCAAAAAUGAAAGGAUCAGUUACUCUUAUGGAAACUUCUUCGCUUUCUCAUUCUGAUAAAAAAUGCAUGGAUUCUAAUUUCGGAAGUGUAUCUCAGUCUGAAGAUCGAGUUGUAGUUACACGUCUUGUCCCAGAAAUUCGUCCUGAUGGUUGUAUGUCAACAUCAACAUCUGCCUCUCCACGUGGUGUCAGUGCCAAUGAAUCGUCGGGUCUUAUAUCGAAUUCUGAAGCCCAGUUGGAAGCUCUGCUUGACGCUUGUGAAGAAGAAAGUGAUCGUAUUGCCGCCAGACGGGUGUUAGAUGAGGCAAAAGCAGAUUUGGCAGAAUUCGAAGAAAAAUCACCUUACAAUGAAGACAACAAUGAUUCUAUCAUUGCUGAUGAUAAUAAUGGUUCAAAUAUUCCUUCUGUAACAGUUAUAGAACCAUUUUCUCGUCUUCGAAACUGUCUACAGCAAUCGGAUGAAGACAAUACUGCAUCACAAAAUACAAAUGAAACAUUGGAAACAAUCGAGCAAAUUGUGGAACGUGAGUUACUUGGCUUCGAAUCCCAGUUGAAACCUGUUGAGCGAUUUGGAGUUCGGCAAGUUGAAGAACAAAGAGAACAUAUGCUAAAUGAACAGUUAGAUAUGGCUGACGCCGAAUUAAUAGAGUCAGAAAAGGUAUGGCAUCUUGAAAAACUGAAAGCCUUACAUGAGGCAGACGAACAGCGAGCUGAUUUAGAAGAUGAUGACAUGUUUUACUGUUGCGGUAAAUAUGAUCUCUCCAGCCAGUUAGCUGAAUUGGAACGCUUAGAGAGAAUCCGUAUGGAGGAAACUAAUGAUACAGAUGCGUCGAUUAACCUUUUAGAUUCUGGACAGAUAUUUUCUAGUGGGCGAUCUAAAUAUCCUAGGAAGCGACCAUAUGAUUCAUGUUCAACUGCACAUAAAGUCCAAGCUCGACAGGUAGUGUGUCCACAACUCUCACGGACAAACAAGUCAACGAGGUCUACUAGUGUUGGAAAGGUGCCUAAACGACUAAGGUUAGAUAAACCGAAGAAACCGAUAGAUAUCACAUUCGUUAGUGACAAUGAAAAAGACGAAAUAAACAUCAAUCAAGACAUCAGUAAAAGAGGCAAGUCUACAAAUCAGCCAACACAAAUUGACAUUAUUGAAAGUAGUAAAACUGGAAUUAAGGCAUUCGUUGAGAAAAUGCAUUUUCCACCGACGGUCCACACCAAAAGAUUUCAUAAGUCUGGUAUUCGAAAUAAUAAUCUCUAUUCACAAAGUAAUCAUCUUCAACAUAAAACUGGUGCAUUUUUACAACAGGAUGUAAUAUCUUCCAGUAAACUCAAAAAGAAUUAUUUAUCAUCUCGAUCGUAUCCAAUUCCAGAACUCUCUGAAGAGAAUGUAAACUACAAAGGAUCAGAAGAGAUCCAUCAUUUCGAUCAAUCACAUUCGCAAUACAGUAGAUCAACUACUCAAACUCAGAAAAGGAUAGACAGACGAAAUACAGAAUGUCAUCUUCCAGAUAAAGUGAUUCGAUUUGAUGCGCCAAAUUCUGUGAUUUCUUCCAACCACUAUGAUCCUGAAAAUGUGGCGCAUGAGGAAAUUGUUGAAGCUAAUAAUUUAGUUGAGUUACCUUUCAAUCAACAGUUAAAUAACGUCCUCUCAAACGCAUUCGAGGCCUCUGUGGGAAGUUCAACUAAAUUACAGUCCGAACGAAUACCUGGUUUUCACAAUAUCUCUGCUUCAGAAGGACUCAGUGCUACUGGUAUAUCAUGUACGAAAUAUGUUGGACCAUCAACCACCACUACUCCUGGUAUACAUUUACAAAACAGGUACCAAAAGUCACCAGAUAUACCGUUCCGUUUUUUGAGCCCAACGACCCCGUUGGUUCAGCAUCCUCCGGAGCCCAUGAUUCCUGUUCAGUCUAUUCCCGAUGGAAGUCAUCUGAACUUGACAGCAAGACAAGUAUUGGCUUCAACUGGCCAACCUGUGUUUGUAAUUACCCGCCAAAUGAAAACACCUUCGGGGGAAAUAUAUCAACAACGCUUUACCCAUCCUGUUGUUCCGCCAUCACAGUUUACACGCAUGGUUUAUCGAUUACAAAAGCCGUCGGGAAUCUCUUCUCGAACCUCUACACUUUUAGAAACUAAUCGUAUUCGACAACCUCAACUACCGACCGAAUCUUCAAUAACUUGUAGACCGGCAAUGUUGAGUAAGCCUCCUACUGCGGGCGCGUUAGUUAUGAGACCAGUCGCUAAAACUGUUAAUGUAAAUGUGUCUCCUGAUUCUGGAUUACAGGAUAUGGCAACCUCUGUAAACAAUUUUUCUCAACCUCCCCGAUUUUCAGCGAAUGGCAUUAAGUGUGCAACGAGCAUUCCUGUGAUAAGAAUGAUUAACUGUGACGCUAACAAAACAAGUCCUAUCAUACGACUGGUUUCCUCAGAAACAAAUCAUAUCAACAAUGAUGUGAUUCAUCCACAUAAUUCUCAGUCGGUUUCAGCGCUACUUACGCCAACUAACACUGUUCGAAUCGGGAACACUGUACGACUCAUUCCCAAUCAUAUUUCCAAUUCCAAUGCACAGGUUAUUAGGUUACAACGUGUAGUCUCCAACUUGACGCAUCCCAAAAACACAUGAUCUCCAACUAAGAAAGGAACCAAUUAUUUGGUCGUCGAUGUACAUAUAUUUGUGAAUAUAAUGUAUCUAAAUUGUACAAUAUUGUAUAGUUACUUCAUAAGAUUUUGUCUGAAAUAAAAUUUUUAUGAUAAUGUACCAUAUUAUGGUGUAGCAAUGAGAUUGGUUGUAUACGCAAGUACCUUUUUCCUCCACUAGUGAGAAAAAAUAUAAUAUCGAACGGUUUUAUUGAUAGUAAAGGGUAAAAAAGUACAUAAUAAAUAGGACUCUGUGUUUAAUAUACUUCACGCAUCUUUGCUACUCUGUUCUGUUUUCAAACGUUCUACGACUUGCUUCAUUGCCCAUGUCAUUUUGAUACGUUUUCGCU